CGUGUGCGUGUGUAUGUGUGUGUGUGUUGUGGGGGGGCGCCCCCAGCCGCCGCACGCGGGCCGGCGCGAGGCCGCUCGGUCGCACGCGCCGCGGCGGGGGCGCGCGCGGUUGGGGGUGUGAGGAGGCGGCGGCGACGGCGGUGGCAGCGGCGGCUGAGGCCGGGGCAGGUCGCGCUCGCUCGCUCGCUCGCUCGCUCGCCUGGCGGCCCUGAAGACAGACGCAGGGGGGGAGGGGGGUGCGGCGAGCCGCCCCGCUCUGGUCCCCGGCGCUGCGCUCGCGGCACCCCGUGUCAUGAGGGUCACCCCCUCCCCCCAGCCGGCCCGGGAGGGGGCGCGGGGCACGGUUGAUGCUGGCCCAGGAUGGAUCAGGCCUGUGAACUCCCCCGAAGCAAUUGUCUGCCGCCUUUUUCCAAUCCAGUGAAUUUCGAUGCCCCUGAAGACACGGACAGCCCUUUCGGUAAUGGUCAAUCCACUUUUUCUGAGCCACUUAAUGGGUGUACUAUACAGUUACCGCCUGCCAGUGGAACCUCCCAAAAUGCUUAUGGACAAGAUUCUCCGUCUUGUUACAUUCCACUGCGGAGACUACAGGAUUUGGCCUCCAUGAUCAAUGUAGAGUAUCUAAAUGGGUCCGCUGAUGGGUCAGAAUCGGCUCCAGGCCCUGAAAACAGUGAUUCAAGAGCCCAGUCGCCACUUGGUUGCACUGCCUUGCCUCCUGGACUUGCUGUGAAUCAGGAGCCCUCUUGUAAUAACUCCCCCGAACUCCAGGUAACAGUCACAAAGAUGCUCCAGAAUGGCGUUCUGCACUCUGAGAAUUUUCCUGGUGUGGACCGUGCAGAUGUAGAUUCUGAAAUGGACCCAGGCCAGCCCAUCCCGCAGGAGGAGAGGAUAGAGGAGCUCUUUGAGGAAGCCCAGACCAAUGCCACCUGCAAUUCUGAGCCUAAAUCAGAGAAUGGUAGAGCCGUGGCCAUGGGAAAUGAACAAGACGGCAUCCCAGAGCGUAGACCCGGGCCAGGCCCAGCACCACUCGUGCCGUUAGCUCCUCAGACUGAACCACAGAAAAAUAAGCAAAGGAAUGACGUGGACGGCAGCGAGGAAAAACCAGCCCCCCCUUCACUAGGAGAUACAAACGUUGACAUAGAAGAGCAAUUAAAUUCAAUAAAUUUAUCUUUUCAGGAUGAUCCAGACUCCAGUACCAGCACAUUAGGAAACAUGCUAGAAUUACCUGGAACUUCAUCAUCAUCUACUUCACAGGAAUUGCCAUUUUGUCAACCCAAGAAAAAGUCUACACCACUGAAGUAUGAAGUUGGAGAUCUCAUUUGGGCAAAAUUCAAGAGGCGCCCAUGGUGGCCCUGCAGGAUUUGUUCUGAUCCAUUGAUGAACACACACUCAAAAAUGAAAGUUUCUAACCAGAGGCCCUAUCGGCAAUACUACGUCGAGGCUUUUGGAGACCCUUCGGAGAGGGCCUGGGUGGCUGGGAAAGCAAUCGUCAUGUUUGAAGGCCGACAUCAAUUUGAAGAGCUUCCUGUCCUUAGAAGAAGAGGGAAGCAGAAAGAAAAAGGCUACAGGCAUAAGGUUCCUCAGAAAAUUCUGAGUAAAUGGGAAGCUAGUGUUGGUCUUGCUGAGCAGUAUGAUGUUCCCAAAGGGUCGAAGAACCGAAAAUGUGUCACCAGCGCGAUCAAGUUGGACAGUGAGGAGGACAUGCCAUUUGAGGACUGUGCGAACGAUCCUGAAUCCGAACAUGAUCUGUUGCUUAAUGGCUGCUUGAAAUCUCUGGCUUUUGACUCUGAACAUUCGGCAGACGAGAAGGAAAAGCCUUGUGCCAAGUCGAGAGUCCGGAAGAGCUCGGAGCCUCCCAAGAGGAUCAGCGUGAAGAAGGACCCCGUGCAGUUCGACGCACACAAGGACGAACGCAGGGGCAAGAUUCCCGACAAGCUUAGCCUCAGCUUCCUUCCUGGGGACGUGUCUGAGAAGCAGGCCUCGAGUGAACUGUCCCGGAUAGCAAGCAGCCUGGCCGGGGCCGCCCCUUCCCCAGGAGGCUUUCUCUUUUCUUCGUGUGGCAAAACCCCCAUCAAGAAAGAUUUCGAGACUGCCACCUGUGACUCCUUAUUGGGCUUGCCCGAGGGUGCCUUGGGGCCAAAACGGCCCGGGGAGAAGCAGCAGCCGCUGCAGCGUGGCCUUGUGUGCAGUUCCAAAGUGCAGCUCUGCUACAUUGGCGCCGGGGACGAAGAGAAGCGCAGCGACUCCAUCAGUGUCUGCACCACAUCCGACGACGGAAGCAGCGACCUGGACCCCAUCGACCCCAGCUCCGAGUCGGACCCCGGGGUCCUGGAGAUCACAGACGCUUUCGACCGCACGGAGAACUUGCUCUCCAUGCAGAAGAAUGACAAGGUGAAGUAUUCCAGGUUUCCUGCCACAAACACUAAGGCAAAAGCCAAGCCGAAGCCCCUCAUUUCGAACUCACACACAGACCACUUAACAGACUGUCCUAAGCCGGCAGAGCCUGGAACCGAGACAGCUCAGGUUAACCUCACCAACCUUCCGUUGUGCACUAUUGUCCAGAAACCCCAAACAGAUCCUCGAAAUGAUAGUCUCCUGCCCAAAUUCAGCACACCCCCUGACCUGUCCAGUGAGAACACCCUCCUCAAGAGUGGGCCCACAAAUCAAGCUUUGGUCCUUCCGAAAAGCAAACAGUCCAAGAUCCGGAGUAUUAAGUGCAAACAUAAAGAAAGCCCUGGCAUGGCCGACGCGCCCGCUGCGCACGAGGACUGUGGUUUGAAGUACUGCUCUCCUGAUGCCAAAGGCCCGCCUUUGGCCAGCAUUUCCAAAAGUGGGAAGGUGGACGGGCUGAAACUACUGAGCAACAUGCACGAGAAAACCAGGGAUUCCAGUGACAUCGAGACGGCCGUGGUGAAGCACGUGCUGUCCGAGUUGAAGGAGCUCUCCUACCGGUCUCUCAGCGAGGAUGGCGGCGACUCGGCCGCUGCCAGGCCGUCCAAACCGCUGCUGUUUUCUUCCGCGGGCCAGAACCAUAUCCCCAUCGAGCCAGACUACAAGUUCAGCACCUUGCUCAUGAUGCUGAAGGACAUGCACGAUAGUAAGACUAAGGAGCAGCGACUAAUGACGGCUCAAAACUUGGUCUCCUACCGGAGCCCGGGAAUGGGGGACUGCUCCACCAGUAGCCCCCUGGGGGCAUCUAAGGUUCUGGUUUCUGGAGGCUCCGCACAGAAUUCAGAAAAGAAAGCAGACAGCCCUCAGGACCGGGCCCGGCCCAGCCCCGGCCCCGGCCCUGACUCCUCACUGACCAGGGAGCCGCCGGCCCCCCUCCCUGCCUCCACCACUGACAGAAGAGACCUCCCUGCUCCCGGUAAAAAUCAGCCGAACUGUGUUCCUAGGCGCAACUGUGGGCGCGUGAAGCUGGCCUCCAAACUGCGAGAUGGUUUUGCCCCCCAGGUGGGGAAAAACACUGCAAACCGUAAAGCCUUAAAGACAGAACGCAAGAGAAAACCGAACCACCUUUCCGCUGGGACUCUGGGGGCUGUACUGCAGGGAGACGGGGAGAGUGGGGGGGCUCCUGGGGAUGGCUCCUCGCAGGGCAGGGCGGGAGCCCCCAUUGAAGGAGACCCCCUCCCUUUGGUGGGCCCGCUUCCCAGCGAAGAUGCUCCCUGCUUUCCCGAUGUUCAUCUUGAUAGCCAGGACACACUGUCGGGCCCCAAGACAAGCUCCCAGAAGGACCCCUCUUUUGACAACAAAAAUGGUCCGGAGCUUGACUCUGAACUGAACAGCGAGAACGAGGAGCCCAGUAGCAUCAAUCCGGCUGUGCCGAAAAAGCGGUGGCAGAGGGUCAACCAAAGGCGCACCAAGCCUCGGAAGCGCACCAACAGAUUCAGGGAGAAAGAGAACUCGGAGGGCACCUUUGGGGUCACGCUUCCUGCUGACCCCAUGAAGAAGGAGGGUGAGUCUUUGGAACCGACACCUUCCCCUCCUCCUGCUGUGACUGUCCCAGAGGAGGCCCUGGCCGAGCCCAGCCCUGCUGGCCACCAGGAUGUCGUUGGGCCGAGCUUGAACGUGUGUGAUAAGUCCAGGACCUGUGGGGAGGAGCCGGAGAAGGAGCCAGAGCCAGCAAUUCCCAGUCUCACUCCGGAACCAGCUGUUCGGACAGAGAAGAAACGCCUUAGGAAGCCAAGCAAGUGGCUUCUGGAAUAUACAGAAGAAUAUGAUCAGAUCUUUGCUCCUAAGAAAAAACAAAAAAAGUUACAGGAACAGGUGCACAAGGUAAGUUCCCGCUGUGAAGAAGAAAACCUUAUAGCCCGAUGUCGCUCUAGUACUCAGAACAAGCAGGUGGAUGAGAAUGCUUUGAUUUCAACCAAAGAAGAGCCUCCAGUUCUUGAAAGGGAGGCUCCAUUUUUGGAAGGGCCGUUGGCUCAGUCCGAACUCGGAGGUGGACAUGCUGAGCUGCCACAGCUGACCUUGUCUGUGCCUGUGGCUCCGGAAGUCUCGCCACGGCCUGCCCUUGAGUCUGAGGAAUUGCUAGUUAAAACCCCAGGAAAUUAUGAAAGUAAACGUCAGAGAAAACCAACUAAGAAACUUCUUGAGUCCAAUGAUUUAGACCCUGGAUUUAUGCCCAAGAAAGGUGAUCUUGGACUUUCUAAAAAGUGUUAUGAAAGUGGCCGCUUGGAGAAUAACAUAACUGAAUCACGCGCUGCCUCUCAUUCUAAAGAGUUUGGUGUAGGCACCACCAAGAUAUUUGAUAAGCCGAGGAAGCGAAAACGACAGAGGCAUGCUGCAGCCAAGGUGCAGUGUAAGAAGGUGAAAAGUGACGACUCAUCAAAAGAAACCCCAAGCUUAGAGGGAGAGCUGAUGCCACUCAGGACGGCGCAGGCCAGCCCCAAGGACCCGGCUGAGGAGGGCGUGGAGCACGAGCUGCCAGUGUCUAAGAAACUGCAGGGGGAGCGCGGCGGGGGAGCUGCCCUCAAGGAGAACGUCUGCCAGAACUGUGAGAAGCUGGGGGAGCUGCUGCUGUGUGAGGCUCAGUGCUGCGGGGCUUUCCACCUGGAGUGCCUUGGGUUGACCGAGAUGCCCAGAGGGAAAUUUAUCUGCAAUGAAUGUCGCACAGGCAUCCAUACCUGUUUCGUAUGUAAGCAGAGUGGGGAGGAUGUUAAAAGGUGCCUUCUACCCUUGUGUGGAAAGUUCUACCAUGAAGAGUGUGUUCAGAAGUACCCGCCCACCGUCAUGCAGAACAAGGGCUUCCGGUGCUCCCUCCACAUCUGCAUCACCUGUCACGCUGCUAACCCGGCCAGUGUCUCUGCAUCUAAAGGUCGUCUGAUGCGCUGUGUUCGCUGCCCUGUGGCUUACCAUGCCAAUGAUUUCUGUCUGGCUGCGGGGUCAAAGAUCCUUGCUUCUAAUAGUAUCAUCUGCCCGAAUCACUUUACUCCUCGGCGGGGCUGCCGGAACCAUGAACAUGUUAAUGUCAGCUGGUGUUUUGUGUGCUCAGAAGGAGGCAGCCUUCUGUGCUGUGAUUCUUGCCCUGCUGCUUUUCAUCGUGAAUGCCUCAACAUUGACAUCCCUGAAGGAAACUGGUAUUGCAAUGACUGUAAGGCGGGCAAAAAGCCACACUACAGGGAGAUUGUCUGGGUCAAAGUGGGACGCUACAGGUGGUGGCCGGCAGAGAUCUGCCAUCCACGAGCUGUUCCUUCCAACAUCGACAAGAUGAGACACGAUGUAGGCGAGUUCCCGGUGCUCUUCUUCGGCUCCAACGACUAUCUGUGGACUCACCAGGCCCGGGUCUUCCCCUACAUGGAGGGUGAUGUGAGCAGCAAGGACAAGAUGGGCAAAGGCGUGGACGGAACUUACAAAAAAGCUCUCCAGGAAGCUGCAGCGAGGUUUGAGGAGUUAAAGGCUCAGAAGGAGCUGCGGCAGCUGCAGGAAGACCGGAAGAAUGACAAGAAGCCCCCUCCUUACAAACACAUCAAGGUGAAUCGCCCCAUCGGCAGGGUCCAGAUCUUCACUGCGGACUUGUCUGAGAUCCCGCGCUGCAACUGUAAGGCGACCGACGAGAACCCCUGUGGCAUCGACUCGGAGUGCAUCAACCGCAUGCUGCUGUAUGAGUGCCACCCCACCGUGUGCCCCGCCGGGGGCCGCUGCCAGAACCAGUGUUUCUCCAAGCGCCAGUACCCCGAGGUGGAGAUCUUCCGCACCCUGCAGAGGGGCUGGGGGCUGCGCACGAAGACCGACAUCAAGAAGGGUGAAUUUGUAAACGAGUAUGUGGGAGAGCUGAUCGAUGAAGAGGAAUGCAGAGCUCGGAUCCGUUAUGCGCAGGAACACGACAUCACUAACUUCUACAUGCUCACUCUGGACAAAGACCGGAUCAUCGACGCGGGCCCCAAAGGAAACUACGCGCGCUUCAUGAAUCACUGCUGCCAGCCCAACUGUGAAACCCAGAAGUGGUCUGUGAACGGGGACACCCGUGUGGGCCUCUUCGCCCUGAGCGACAUCAAAGCAGGCACUGAACUCACAUUCAACUACAACCUAGAGUGUCUUGGGAAUGGAAAGACCGUUUGCAAAUGUGGAGCUCCGAACUGCAGUGGCUUUUUGGGUGUGAGGCCAAAGAAUCAGCCCAUCGCCACGGAAGAGAAGUCCAAGAAAUUCAAGAAGAAGCAGCAGGGCAAGCGCCGGACCCAGGGUGAGGUCACCAAGGAGCGCGAGGAUGAGUGUUUCAGCUGCGGCGACGCCGGCCAGCUCGUGUCCUGCAAGAAGCCAGGCUGCCCCAAAGUGUACCACGCCGACUGCCUCAACCUCACCAAGCGGCCCGCAGGGAAGUGGGAGUGUCCCUGGCACCAGUGUGACAUCUGUGGGAAGGAGGCGGCGUCCUUCUGUGAGAUGUGCCCCAGCUCCUUCUGCAAGCAGCACCGCGAGGGCAUGCUCUUCAUCUCCAAGCUGGACGGGCGGCUCUCCUGCACUGAGCACGACCCCUGCGGGCCCAAUCCCUUGGAGCCCGGGGAGAUCCGUGAGUAUGUGCCGCCGCCCGCGCCACUGCCACCCGGGCCUGCGUUGGGAACGGCCGCUCAGGGGCCCGCGGCCUCAGAGAAGCCUCCUGCCAACACAUCCCAGCCACUCUCACUGGCCAAAAAAGCUCUGCCUGGCACCUGCCCACGGCCCUCCCAGCCUGACCGGCCACCUCCUGGCAGGACUGACUGCAGGCCCCAGCCCGUGGACAGGGGCCGGGACUCGGCUGGUGCAGGGUCCAAACCCCCCUCCUCAGCCUCUGGCCAGAAAGCCCCGGACCGGCCCCCUGCGGCGGCCACAGGACCCCAGCCCCAGCCCUCCGACAAGCCUGCUCCCGUCUCCAGCCCCAGCGCCUCCAGCUCAGUCAGGGCCCCGCCACUGGAACGGCCUCCGGGAGCCUCUGAUUCCCGGCUGGAAAAACCCAGAGGUGCUGCCGGCUCCCGGCCCCUGGCCCUGGAGAAACCCCCAGGCCCUGCCAGCCUGCGACUGCGGCCGCCGGACAGACUGCUGCUCCCCAGUGGGCCCAAGCUCCAGACGCCCGACAGGCCCCCCGAGAAGCCCCACGCAGCCCUGUCCCAGAGACUGCCGCCUCCUGACAAAGUCUUAUCAGCUGUGGUGCAGAGCCUGGUGGCGAAGGAGAAGGCGCUGAGGCCCGUGGAUCAGAACUCCCAGGCCAAGGACAGAGCCGCGCUGGUCAUGGACCUCAUCGACCUGACCCCUGCCCAUAAGGAGCGCGCAGCCUCGCCUGAUGCCGGCCCGCAGGCCGGGGACAAGAUGCCCGUGCUGGAGCCCAGCCCCUGGCCCGCCAGCAGAGCCGGGGGUGAGCGGAGCGGCGUGUCCGACCCUGGCCUCCAGGCCCCGGGAAAAGCCGCCGCCCCGUUGGAGCACCCCUGGCAAGCUGUCAAGUCACUGACCCAGGCCAGACUUCUUCCUCAGCCCCCCACUAAGGCUUUUCUGUAUGAGCCAGCAACUCAGACCUCGGGGCGCACCCCUGCCGGGGCCGAGCCCACCGGGGCUCCCCUCCAGGCCACGGGUCUGCUGAAGCAGGUGAAGCAGAUGGCCGCAGGCCAGCAGCUCUCGGGGCUCGCUGCCAAGAGCGGGGUGUCCCACAGGCCUCUGGGGAAGGCCCCCAGCUCCCUCCCCACGGAAGAGAAGCAGCUGCCCACCUCUGAGCAGAGGCCCUGGGCCCCAGGCAAGGCCUCCCCGGGUUCUGGACUCUGGCCCCUGGUGGCUGGGCAGACCCGGGCACAGUCCUGCUGGUCCCCUGGGAGUGCACAGACAUUGGCACAGACUUGCUGGUCCCUCGGAAGAGGGCAAGACCCUAAGCCAGAGCAAAACACACUCCCAGCUCUUAACCAGGCUCCUUCCGGUCACAAGUGUGCAGAGUCCGAGCAGAAAUGAUAGCGUCCAUGUCACCUGGCCAGUCCAGCUGGCCGUGGGCUUUGGGGGAACGGGAGAUCAUCCGUCUUUCCUUCCCCCACCCUGCAGAAAACAGACCCCAACACUCUCCCACUGUUCCUCUUCCCUGUGUCCCAACACUCAGAACUCUUGUGACAUUAGCCAGUGGGGCUUGUGGUUGUGUGAGCUGUGUCUGGACAUACCGGUGGGCCCCAGCCGAGGAGAUAGACAGGCUUGGGUCUCCCCACCCCCUCAUCUUUACAUGGUCGAUUUAAAAUAAAGAGUCCACUCUGGAGUCAAGCAUGGGAUUCGAUUCUGGUCAGGUUGGAAGGUAGGGGGCGCUACAGGCUCUGUCUGCCCCGGGGGAGGCGGGGUGGGCCGCGCAGAGUCCGCAGUGGCUCCCCGCACGCCUGUGUGCUAGGUCAGGGCCGGGCCUGAGAGAUCCAAGCCGCUGGGAGCCCGGGUUCUUGUCAGAAUUUGGACCAGAAAGCGGCAGGAAGUUCUGCCGGGCCCAGGGCUCAGAACCCCCGUUCCCCCAUGUCCUUUGUGGUGGCGGCCGCUGUGGGCACAGGCCCGUGUGCAUGCCUGCGUGGGGGUGGGGCCCAUGCGGGGCAGAGUCUGAAGGUCGGUGCUGGCCCGGGCAGCUGGGGUGGGCUGGUCUCCCCGGCCCCACCUUGCUCCCGCGGUGCCACGAGGCAAUUGGCGAGCUGCCCCUGGCUCCCUGCCCUUCCUCCUUCCCAAGACCGCCUCACGCUGGCCCCCGACACUCAGGUGCUUUCGGAUUUCAGAGACCCCGGGGGACAGCGGGCAUGGGAGGGGGUGGCCCCGGCCCCUCCCUGCAGGCGUGCCAGAUCCCGCCAGAGGAUGAUCCUUUGCCCUUUCCCUUGACCCGAGGCCCGGGGGGGCCCAGUGUGGAGGCAGCACCGGGCAGGAGAGGGGCGCCUCGGGGCUGGGCAGUCUGUUGGUGCUAACCUGCCCCCCACCCACCAUCCACUCCCCAGCUGCCCACAGGAAGGGCUGUUUGCCCAGCUCCUUCCUGCGCCUUGGCCGGCCUUCGCCCCUGACCAAACGUGUUUACCUCUCUGCUUUGCCAACAUCGCCGGCCACCUCCACCUGCUGGCUCUCCCCUGGCCUGUGGGGCAGGGCCGGUGCCCCCGGCGGGAGUCUGUUCUACACUAGUUCCCUCCUCCCUGCCUCCAACUGCGGGCACUUCUGGCCCUGGGAGCAGGGCACAAUCAUCGUCGUUAACAAGCAUUUGCGCUUUAAGAUGUAAAGAAGUUGCUUUUUUGUUUCCCAAAGUCUGUCUCUGCUAUUGGCGAGGCAUGGGGGUUGUGGGGUGCGGGGUGGGGCACCUCCCUGUCCCUCGGCUCUCCCCCAUCAGAGGCAGGACUCUCCCCUGCCCCACAGGGAGAGCAAACAAAGAAGCUUAUUUUCUUUGGAAAGAAUUUUAAAACAGUGAAAGAUAUUUUUAAAGAAACCCACCCUGGGCCUGAAACGUUCAUCCUAUUAAGUAUUUAUCAUGUGUGAGAAUAUGAGAAUAAUCGGUCCAUCGCCGCAGCUCGUAGGUCCCUUAGGUCAUGUGAGUAGGGUUUGCCUGGUGCCGUCCUGUCCCUUUCUCCUGUCAGCCGUAGUUGUGCGCAGAAGCCCCCUCGCUGCACUGUCAGACUCCCCGCUGUGCCGUGCUCAGUUACCACAGCUCUUUGUUUCAUGAAAUAAACUGUGAAUUUUUUUUCUCUUUGCGGGGGGUGGGGGGUGUGCACAGGCUGUGUUUCUUAAAAAAAAAAAAAAAAAUUCUCUUUACCAGUGGAGCAGUUGGCUCCGCAGUGGGCUUUGGGAGGGGAUGAAGUGACCGAACAGGCUGCCCCUCACGCGACACCCCCUCAGUCCCGGUGCUUCCCGGCUUCCCGGCCUUCACUGUCACCAGGAACUUGGCUCCGGACUGGUCUGCGGAGCUGGGCUGGGUGGCCAGGUGACGUAGGGGCUAUUUAAAUGCCCUCAGGGCUGAAGGGAAAGGGGGGCUCACACCCUCAGUGAGUGUCGGUGGGUAGUUUGAAACCGGGGGCGUUGUGCGUAGGCUCCUGGAGCCUACCUAAGAGUGAGCGUUCUCUUAGCAGCCCCCCUCAUCUCUGUGCAAGACAGGACACUGGUGAUUCACCAGGGGUCUCCGGAGAGUUCGAGACAAGCCCUGAGCAAUUAUCCCGAGGGGGGGGUGGGGCUCUAGUUUCCCUGGAGGCCAUGAAGGCGGGGACUGUUGCUUUCAGAGCCCCCUGGGUUUCCCUGGCACCUCCCCCCCUUAGUGGCUGUGGGAAUCCUCUUGCUCUGCAUCUCCACCCGCAGCAGACCCAGUCUCGCCACGCGUCCUAGAACUUCCCCCAGGGGUCACAGAGGGCCCCCCCCCCCAGCCCUAACCUCGGCUGGGGAGCAGGGCAGGAGGGAGGUGACCCUGGUCCUCUGUGACAUUCCAGAUCACGCAGCGCUUUGGCGUGGCUGCGGGAGGCUUGGCGUGGCUGUGGCCAGUUAGUGUUAGGCGGGCCGCUAGGGACUGAGAUGGCUAUCAAAUCAAUUGAAAUAAGAAUAGGGAAUUGCUUGUGUACACACACACAGACACACGCGCGCGCGCACACACACACACACACACACACACACACACAAUGCAAUGAUGGUGCUAAUAUCCUGGUACAAACAAGCACUGCCAAAGGUCGAGAGCCUGGAGAACCCCCAGAUUCCUGUUGGCGAGGAAGAGGUUAUCUGGAGACAGGUGUCCCCAGGCUCUGUGCCAGGUUGGGGAGCUCCGGGGAAGCCCACACACAGCCCCUCGUGUCACCAGAGUAGGGAGUGGUGUCGGGGGUGUCCUGGGCUGUGGCGCCUCGCCUGCCACCUGCAUGCGCACAACCCCCAACCCCAAAACAGGCUGGCGGAGGGCUCCAGGGCGCAUGUGCAGGAGAGGGUGCGGAGCUGUCUCCCUCCCUGGCUCUCCUGGGAGCACCUCUGGCUUCUGAAGGUGGAGGGACAGUCUCUGACCGCAGGGGGAAAGUGUGUUUCAGCCUACAGGCUGGGAGGAAGCGUGCCCGAGCAACCUCAUCCCAGCUCGGCACAUUAAAACACAGACACGGGCAGGCCCUGCCGAGCACCGCUCUCCUGGGACGUGCAAAGACUCUGCAGGGCAGCAGGUGACCCCUCCCUGGGUGUCGGUUAUAGUCCUAGUGGGCAGAGGUGAGCCCCGAGUGACAGCCACAGGAGGGAGAAGGGUUGGGGUGCCUUGGACUUCCCAGGAAGGGCAGGUGCCAGGUUCCCGGGAGCUGCCUGUGUGUGUGAGGGUGCGUGCGGAUGGAUGAGUGCACAGGCCAGGGGAGGGGGGGGGCAGGCGCAUCCUGGCAGAGCACCCAGCCAAGCGAGUGAGCGACCCUUGAGAUCCGGGGGAGGGGGCAGCCCGCUGAGGUCCAUCACUGGUUUAUUUGCCCCACCCCCGGCCCUGUAGGUUGUCAGUUGUAAGUGAAAUUCCUAGUGAAAAAAAAAAAGGGGGAGCCCUGUAUUAGGAAUCCCCAUAAAUAUGUACUGUAAUUCUUUGUAUAUAGAAAAAUUACUGUAAAGUAAAGUUUAACUUUACUCUUCUGG